GUUUUUUCAGAUGUUGUCGCUUGGAUAAGUGGGACAGAACACGAGGGCAUCGUUCAUUUAAGAGGUAGCCUAAUGAGUGAUGUGGUAUUGAGAAGUCUUUGAACAGUUUGCUAUCUGCGGUCACUUCUUAUGCAGCAGAGCGAAAGAGAGAAAGAGGGAAGCAUUGAAGCUACUCUCUCUUUCAGCUUCGGAUAACCAUCGCUUUGUAUGCUGUAAAUGAUUCAUAUAUAUUUUUCGCAACCGAUCAUCUAUUUCGGUCCAAGUUUGGAGGUUGCAGAAACCACAUUGCGGAUGCAUCGAUUGCAAUCGAAAGGAUCCCUAUUCCCCAAACGGUUUGAGGGAUGAAACUACGUGCUGUGAAUUCAGAGUAAGACCUCAACUAAUUUUGGCUCGUUAUUUUUGGACCUAUCUGUAUGAUUGACUAUCCUACAAACCUGAAAUGGGACAAUAUAUAAUCGAAUAUAUAAUUUGACAAUCAUUUUGUCUGCUUGUUCGGGGCACUGAUUCCGAGACUAAAAAGGAUACCCGUGCCUAUAUAUAAGUUUUAAACUAACACCGCGUCAAUUAGACGACAUCCCUUCACAGUUUCCCUAUUGGCAUGCUGUAGGGUAUUUUCCCCCACAUGGAAUCAUGGCUUCGAUGUAUCAGAGGUUCACGGGCAAGAUUAACACCAAUAGAUCUUUCCCCAACCCACCUGAAGCUAGCCACCUACUCGGCGGGCAAACAGUUGAAGACGAGAAUACCGUGAAGAUCCCGCGCCCCUGUCAAGACGUACGGCCCCGUUUCCAAUGCCAACAACAGAGGAGCGCAUGUGAGGACGAAGAAGAGGAUGAGCUGGUGGGGAGUAACCCUCCUCAGAGGAACUGGAAGGGAAUUGCGAUUGCCCUGUUGGUCAUUCUGGUCAUCUGCUCCCUGAUCGUCACCUCAGUCAUCCUGCUGACACCAGGCGAGGAUGACAGCUUGGCCCUCAAGGGGAAACUGACCGUGGGGGACAUCUUCAGGAAGAACUUCAAGGUUCACGACCCUGAGGCCAAGUGGAUCAACAGUAAUGAGCUACUCUAUCGCACACGUGAGGGGGAUGUUGUCAGGUUCAACAUGGAGACAUACGAGAGGACGGUAUUGGUGCACAACAAAAAGUUUGAAAUGUACAAAGCCAGCAAGUAUGAAGUGUCUCCUGACAUGAAGCAUGUGCUACUCGCCUACAACAUGGCACCAGUGUACCAGCACUCGUUCACUGCCUUCUACAUCAUCUGCAGCCUGGAGACUCCGGAGACAUGGAACCUGAACCCUCCAGAGGUGCGGAACGCCCAACUGCAGUACGCAGGCUGGGGACCCACGGGCCAGCAGCUGAUUUUCAUUUUUGAGAAUAACAUCUACUACCGUUCGACGGUGGAGAGCCGAUCGAUCCGCCUAGUCUCCACCGGCAAGGAGGGAGUCAUCUUCAAUGGGCUCAGCGAUUGGCUGUAUGAAGAGGAGAUCUUCCAGACCCAUAUUGCCCACUGGUGGUCUCCGGACGGUGCCCGGCUGGCAUAUGCCACCAUCAACGACACCAUGGUGCCCAAGAUGGAGAUCCCCAUGUUCACAGGAACUACUUACCCUACUGGGAGGGAGUACCACUACCCUAAGGCUGGGGAGGAGAACCCAGUCAUCUCUCUGUAUGUGGUCAACCUGAAUGGGCCCCUGCACACCAUGGAGAUGAGGAGGCCUGAGGACCAGAGGAUGGGAGAGUACUAUGUCACCAUGGUGAAAUGGGCGACUACCACCAAACUGGCAGUGAACUGGUUAAACAGAGCCCAGAACAUAUCCAUGCUGACUCUGUGUCAGGCCACCACUGGCGUCUGCACCAAGAAACACGAGGACGAGAGCGAAAGUUGGCUACACAGGCAGAAUGAGGAGCCGCUGUUCUCCAAAGAUGGUCUGAAGUUGUUCUUCACCAGAGCCAUCCCACAGGGAGGCAGGGGCAAGUUCUUCCACAUCUCCAUGUCCAUCACACAGCCCAACACCAGCACAGACACGCUGCAGUCAAUCACGUCUGGAGACUGGGAUGUCACCCAGGUCCUAGCCUACAACGAGGACAGCCAGCUAAUAUACUUCUUGAGUACUGAGGAUGAUCCGAAGCGAAGGCACCUCUACAGUGCGGACACGGUGGGCCCCUUCAACAGACGCUGUCUCUCCUGUGACUUCUACGAAAGCUGUGGCUACGUCAAAGGCUCCUUCAGCCACAACAUGAGCCUCUUCCUCCUCAGCUGCAAAGGCCCUGAUGUCCCGUUUGUAGCCGUGUACAGCACACAGGACAGACAGAAGGUGUUUGACCUGGAGACCAAUGAGAAUCUGAGGAUUAGGCUGGACUCCAUGCAGAUGCCCCACGUGGAAUACAAGGAGAUCACCAUGGAGGAUUACACACUAACGAUGCAGAUCCUCAAACCUGCCAGCUUUGUGGACUCAUCUCACUAUCCUCUGCUCCUCCUCGUUGACAGCACCCCUGGUGGUCAGAUGGUAUCAGAGCUGUUCCAAAUGGACUGGGCCACGGUGUUGGUGAGCAGCUUCGGGGCCAUGGUGUUACGCUUCGACGGGCGGGGCAGCGGCUUCCAGGGGACCAACCUGCUGCACCGCGUCCAGAGGAAGCUGGGCGUGUUCGAGGAGAGGGACCAGCUGGAGGCCCUCAGUAUAAUAUCUAAAGAGCCCUACGUUGACAAGACCAGGAUUGGAGCUUUCGGCAAAGUUUAUGGAGGCUAUGUGACCAGCCUGUUACUCAGCGCCGAGGAUUCCCCGGUGAAAUGUGGUGUAGCCCUCUCACCCAUCACAGACUUUGACCUAUACGCAUCAGCUUUUUCAGAGAGAUACCUGGGAAUGCCCAAGCCUGACCCAAGAGCAUAUGCGAUGGCAAAUCUAGCACACAGGGCAUCACAGUUCCUAGACAAGAAGUUUCUGAUUGUUCAUCCAACAGCAGAUGAAAAAGUACAUUUCCAGCACACAGCUAAAUUCAUCUCCCAGCUGAUCAAUGAAAAAGCAAACUACACUCUGCAGAUCUACCCAGACGAGGGCCAUUUCAUCCACAGCGAGGCCACGCAGCAGCACCUCAGCCAGUCACUGGUCAACUUCUUCGAGGAGUGUUUCCGGCUACCGGAGAAGGUGUUCGAGGAGAGACAGGAGGAGGAGAUUGAGGAAGAGGGUUAGCCCAGACAAAACCAACCCCCCAAAACAGAGCUCCAGUCUACGCCUAAGCACAAUUCCAGCCCCCAUACUUGGUUUCACAAUCCACAUAAUAUGCAACCUUCUCUUGGUUUCAACCCUCUUUAGUUCUUUUUUUUUCAAUUUUCACCUUCUGUGUUUCCCCUGCUUUUCCACAUGAUCAACCCUGAGACUGCCGCGUUGCAGAUCAACCCUGAGACUGCCGCGUUGCAGAUCAACCCUGAGACUGCCGCGUUGCAGAUCAACCCUGAGACUGCCGCGUUGCAGAUCAACCAAUCUCCUCAUCCUCAGUUUUUCUCCUCCUCUCCCUCACCUUUUGAUUCAGCACGACUCCACAAGAGACUAUCGGCAGCCAUUUUUUUGACAUCGACACAAUUAAUACAUUACGAUGAAGGACCACUAGCUGAUGUCAUAUCUGGAGCGUGUUGAAAAGGCGGUUGUGCCAGGAAUAGGCAUUCUCUGGUCAUUUUAUGUUUAAAAGGACAAGCUCCUUGGAUUCCAAACAACUGGUGGGAGGGAAGGAACAUCAAAAUCCACACCCAAGCUUUACCAGUCAGUGAGGAAGGAAGACUCUAUAGCACAAACUUUACCAGUCAGUGAGGAGGGAAGACUCUAUAGCACAAACUUUACCAGUCAGUGAGGAGGGGAGACUCUAUAGCACAAACUUUACCAGUCAGUGAGGAGGGGAGACUUAAUAGCACAAACUUGUGGUCGAAGAUACAGACUCCACAUGGUAUCUGACGGGUCAAACUGGCUCCAGCCCAGUGUCUGGGAUGUGGGUGUCUGUGGGGAAGGGAAUGCUCCUAUUUUGAAAAUCGUGAAGAGACCUUUUCAUGUCGGACUGUGCUUGUGUCUGUUGUCCCUUUGUCAAGUAGCACAUUAAACAUUCCCUUCUUUGGACAUCGAUACUUUGUUUUUUCAGUGUUCAAGUUUAUCUUGGAAUCUUCUUGUAGCCUCAAGUAUGUAUUUAAAUGGUGUAGUCUUCAUUUUUCCAUGUCAUGAAAAGGAUGUAAACCGAAUCAGGUUUGUUCUUGAUUCACUUUGUCUUGGUUUUGUUGCAAAUCGUUCUCCUCCAGUCAUUUGAAAUUCAAAGCAUAAUAUAUUUUAGUCACUGUGCCUUACUUUGGGAGCAAGCGGUCCUUUUUAUGGACUCCUUUUGUCAAAACAAAAAACAACAUGGAUCAUUGCAAAGAAAUGUUCUGUUGACCAUGGCACCAACUACUGAUGGUUAAACCUUCACUCUGAACUUUGAACACUUUGUAAUGUUGUCAUAGAGUAUGUAUGGAAUUAUGUCAAGUAAGAAAUGGUCUUCUCUAGUUCCAAAUAUAACCAAUUUCCAAAAUGGUUGUAAACAGUAGUAGUUGCAUGUAUCCUUACAUUAUUUUGCAGAUGUUGAAAUGGUAAUGAAAUUGUUUGUCUGGCUAACGACCACAUAAAAUGGUUAUGUUUUAGUAAAUGUUGUGGCAUUCCAACCCCUCUCAGUAUUACAAUUCAAACCCAUGGGUGGGUUUGAGGUGCCACUUUAAAAUUGGUGGUGUUGUAUGGCCAAAAGUAGUAGUAGUACAUUUGUGUAUAUAAGGUCAUUAAUAGCUUAGAAUCAUUAUCACAAUCUUUACACUAUGAAAUACAAAGGAAUUCUAAAAAUUUGAAUUCUUGAGGCACGAGUCUGCAUUUUUUAUGUCAUUUUAUGUGAAUGCUCAUUCCUGUUACUUUGUCAAUGCAUGUUAUCAAGUUAUUUGCAACUCAAUGCGAUCUUCGAUAGCUCCAUUUCAAAGUAGUAUUUUUGACAUCUUGAAUGUUCCAUACUGGCAUUACAUUUACAGUAGUAUCGUGAUUGAGAUCCCAGUCUCGUCAGCUUGAUGUGUAAAUGUUACUCAAAUGUCAUUUUAGUCUCUUAAUAUCUGAGUGUUAUUUGUGCAUAAAUGCAUUUUGAAAGUUA